AGAACCGAAGAGGGAGCGAGCAGAGGCGGAGAGAGAGUGAGAGAGAUGGAUAAGGUCUUGUGUUGAACAUCCAACGAAGCCCGGAGACGACGCCAUGGCUGGGCUCACCGCCACCUUCCAUGUCAAACCUUUGCAAAGGCCGCGGCCUUUGCUUUCUCUCUCAUCCUUAUCCGAUUCCAAAUUCUUUCUACUCCGACUGUGUAAUCCUAGCUUCUUCUGCUCCAAGUCCAAUUUCUCCGCCCUCAGGACGCCUAUCUCCGCUAGGUACGGUGGCGGCGGAGGCUACUCACGGUCCGGCCCCGGUAACUACGGCAGGUCUAGGCAGAGCAACAUCGAGGUUGAUCAGGCUCUUGAUAUCUCCGGCAUCAGGUCAAAUACGGUGAGGCUGAUUGAUGAACAGCAGAAUAUGGUGGGAGUGGUGCCUAAAGUCCAGGCUUUUCAAAUGGCUGAAGAUGCUGAACUUGAUCUGGUAAUAGUAUCACCAGAUGCAGAUCCUCCAGUUGUCAGAAUAAUGGAUUACAAUAAAUAUAGAUAUGAACAGCAAAAGAAGAAAAGGGGACAGCAGAAGAAAAGUGCUGCCAACAGGAUGGAUCUAAAGGAGCUCAAGAUGGGUUACAACAUUGACGUGCAUGAUUAUUCUGUACGUUUGAAAGCUGCACGGAAGUUUCUGAAUGAUGGGGACAAGGUUAAGGUUAUAGUGAACUUGAAGGGCCGUGAGAAUGAGUUCAGAAAUAAUGCUAUUGAACUUAUCAGGCGUUUCCAGAAUGACAUUGGGGAGCUGGCAACUGAAGAGAGCAAAAACUUUAGUGUCCGCAAUAUAUUCAUAGUUUUGGUACCCAAUAAGAAUGUUGUACAGAAAGCUCCAGACCCACCAAAGAAAAAGGAAAGGCCAGCAGUGAAUGAAGUAUCAGCUAGCAUCUGAAUGCACUCGGGGGGGUUUCGAAUGGGUUUUCUCAGAUAACAUGUGAUUGCGCCUCGUUGUUGCAGAAAUACAUUCGCGCCUACCAAAAGUGAAGUAGAGACAAGGUAACUUCUUGCUGGCCCUGGCACACCCAGCAGUUGUUAUAUUUGAUGGCUUCAAUUUAUGUGCAUAUGUCCAGGUGUAGCUUCCCAACGCCUAGGUGAGAUGAGAUGAGAUUAGUUCAAUAUCAAAACAUUUGUAAUUUACUCAAAAUACGACGAGGAGUGCUUGAAAUAUUGCAUUAAGCUUGCUGUCCAUGCUUAUAGUGAAAUGAUAAUUUGGCCUAGAUGAUGGAUAAGUACCAA